AUGUGUUCAUGUGGGUUCUUUGUCAACUUUGUAACAAGUAACCCCGGAGAAAAAGCCUAUGAUGCAGGACUUUUAUCAUCAUAUGAAGAACUUAUGCACAGUCUUUCUGAUAAACCAGAACUCAUACCAUUCGAGCCAAUAAAAACAGCAGAACAAAAAUACCCCAGCACAGAAUAUCAACCCGUCUACUAUGGUGCUGAAAGUUUUGAAGCAUCGAUAGAACUAAUGAUAGAAUAUGCUGAAACAAUACCGAGACCAUUCGGAGUGCGCUACAAUGCUUACACACAAAGUAUCAAAAUCUUGGAUUCAAAACACCAGAUAGAAAAUCUGGUCACAAAUAUAAAUUCUGAAAUUCAGAUAUUAGCAAACGCGCUGAAAAAAAUGUAA